AUGGAUCUUAAUAAGGUCGAGGUAGAGACCCCUUCUUUGGAUUUUAUAAAAACUCAUCUUCGUGACGCAAUAUCGCACUGUUCCGACAGAGGACUUUACUUCGCUGCUAAAUGGGCAGCAGAAACUCUCAAUAGCCUGCCGGAAAGUUUUAUAGAUACCUCAACAAGUGGUAGUGGCUCUUUAUCAAUAUUUAGUGAUACAAAGAAUGAAACAACUACAAAGAAUUUCAUGAGUAACUUUGAAAGAGACAAGUUCCUCCUCGCAAAGUCUUACUUUGACGUUAAAGAGUUUGAUAGAGCCUCUUUCAUCUUGGAAAAAUGCGUUUCUUCAAAAAGUCAAUUUCUUAAAAUAUAUGCUAAAUAUUUGGCUGGAGAAAAAAGAAAGGAGGAAGAAAGCAACGAUAUAAUGGGGCCGUUGGACGAUCCUAAAGCGAUUAAUAAAGAAUUAGUAACGAUUCAGGGAGAACUUGAAAAAUUAUAUAAUAAUAAUGAAAUGGAUGGCUUUCUGCUUUAUCUUUAUGGUCUCAUUACUAAACAGUUAGGCUCUCAACGGAUGGCGAUAAAAUUUUUCCUUUCCUCUGUCAAUGCUUAUCCGUAUAAUUGGAGUGCUUGGUUGGAAUUGUCUCAAUGCGUCGCUGAUAAGAAUCAGUUAAAAGAAAUCAUGCAAGAGUUGCCUAAACAUUUUAUGACUAAAUUUUUUAAUCUUUAUACGUCGGUUGAAUUGAAUGAAGAUCAAAAUAACUUUUAUUCAUUAUUAUCUGGAUUUCCAUCUCAUUUCAAUGAUAAUAAGUCUAUUAAGACUCUUAAGGCUAUUGUGCAUUAUAACAAUAGAGAAUUUGCAGAAGCCGAGCGUGAUUUUGACGAGCUUAUUUUAUCCGAUCCAUUUCGUUUAGAUGAUAUGGAUAUUUAUUCUAAUGUUCUAUAUGUAAUGGAUAAGAAAGCGAAACUAAGUUUCUUAGCACACAUGAGUGCAAACACCGAUAAAUAUCGGUCAGAAACGAUGUGUAUUAUAGGAAAUUAUUAUAGUUUAAAAUCAGAAAGAGAAAAAGCGAUCUCAUAUUUUAAACGUGCUUUGCAAGUAAAUCGGCAUUGCCUGACUGCUUGGACCUUGAUGGGACAUGAAUACGUGGAAUUGAAAAAUACACAUGCUGCAGUAGUAGCAUACAAAAGAGCCCUCGAAGUAAAUCCUAAUGAUUACCGUGCGUGGUUUGGUCUAGGACAGACUUAUCAAUUUCUAAAAAUGGAUUUUUACGCAAUUUACUAUUAUGAGCGUGCUACGGUACUUCGUCCUCAGGAUGCAAGAAUGUGGGAGGCAUUAGCAGGACUCUAUGAGACCGUGAAUUCACAAGAGAAAGCCAUCAAAUGUUACGAACAUACCCUUCUAAAUGCAGAUGCUGAAGAAUUACGAAAUGCUCAUCGAUUUUUAGCACACUACAGAAGAGAUUUGGGCGAUAUUAACGCGGCUACUAGUCAUGCGCAAUAUUUGAUGAAUUAUGAAGGAACAGCACGAGAAGAAGGAAGAACCUUGAUGAACGAUUUAUCAAGUCUAGUACAUGAUAAUCAACAACCACCACCAUCUCAACUAUCUUCUUCCACUUUAUUAUAA